AUGAACGGAACUCUUCUGCGGUUAUUUCUUUUAAUAUGUUUGCUUUGCGCCCCGCUGAUAAGGUCCCAGGAUCACCUUAAACUAAAGAAACUAACCUCGGAUCUGGUAAGUGCGAUCGCUGAAGCUAAUUCUGGUAGAAAAUAUGGAGCCGAUUGGGUUCCGAUCCUGGGAAAAACCUUGGAAGAGGUGCAUGCGACAUCGUCAAGACGAUGCUUCAUUUUUAAAAUACUGGCCAAGAAAGUGGAAGCAUUUUGCCCAAAGCCUCCGAUAUACCAUCCCCCCUGCUAUCCAUCAUGCAAGCCACCACCGCGACCGCCGCCGCCUCCACCAGCUCCUCCUCCAUCGCCAGGAACAGGUAUCGUAGCCCCGCCUCAUCCUUCGUUCGAGCUCGUGUACCCCGAUGGCUCCUACUUUCCCUGGUGCUACAUGCCCUUCUGCCCCACGAUUUGCAAGCGACCCUACUGUUAUCCCUGCAAACAGCCCGAUUGCGAUCCCAAUUGCGUUCCGCCAACGUGCUAUCCGCCCUGCAAGGAACCUGCCUGCGUAUUGCCACCGACUUGCUGGCCACCCUAUUGUCCAGAUCCCUGCACCGCUCCCCAGUGUAUUCCCGGAAAGGAAAUGGGCUUUAUGCGGAGCUGCCUGCCACCCUACUGCCCACCGCCCAUGAAUUGCGAGCUUCCCUACUGCCCGAAGAUCUAUAAACCUAGGUCCGCGAGAACACUUUUUAGAACCGGUUUAUGCCCCAUGCGAGAUAUUGUGAAAAGAGCAGUAAGGGUUAAGUAUGGAUAAAGGCUAAACUUCAAUAAAUAAAGAGCACAUCUUAAAUUGUA